AGGAAAACUAGUCCAACUCAAGAGGAAACGAGCUCCAAGCAUCCGCUUUGAACGCAGUUGGGGAAGUUUGAAUUGCCGAUUCCUGGACUUGAGCACUCCCUCUUCUAUAAAUUGGCUGCAUUCCUCCUCCCACGACAUCAAGUCCCGUGCUCCAGAGCGAGAGAGAGAGAGAAAGAUGGCCUCCGAGAUUAUUAACAAGCCGUCAGCAACGGCUGUCUCAGUAUUUGAUUACGGGAAGCUAUAUGUGGAUACGAUCCCAGUGAAGCAAGGUGAUGAAUCCUCUCCACCAAAGGAUAUUCUGGUAGUCUCUCCUAAGGUUGCCGGGACCUACACGGUUGUUCUCUUCAUCCAGGGUUACCUUCUCUCUAACACAUACUAUACCCAGCUCCUGCAACAUGUUGCCUCUCAUGGAUUCAUUGUGGUUGCACCACAGUCCAUCGUCCUAUCACCUUACUCCGAAGAAGACAUCACCUCGGCAGCUGCCGUCACCAACUGGCUACCUGCUGGGCUCCAAUCCGUGCUCCCCACCGGAGUCGAACCCAACCUUGACAAGCUUGCUCUAGCCGGACACAGCAGAGGUGGCCAUGCAGCCUUCUCUCUGGCACUUGGCCAUGCGGAAACCAAGCUAAAAUUCUCUCUACUAAUGGGUAUCGACCCUGUGGCUGGACCUAGCAAGUGUUGCCAAAUCCCUCCUAAAAUCCUCACCUACAAGCCCUCCUCCUUUGAACUAGAGAUCCCGGUCUUGGUGAUGGGGACCGGGCUGGGAUCGGAACAAAAAAAUAUACUUUUCCCUCCUUGUGCACCAGAUGGAGUUAACCAUAAGGAGUUCUACAAUGAGUGCAAGCCACCAUGCUACCAUAUUGUGGUCACGGACUAUGGUCAUCUGGAUAUGUUAAAUGAUACUGCUCCCAAGAUUACCAAGUGUGUGUGCAAGAAUGGGACUAACUGUAGAGAGAUCAUGAGGAAGACUACUGGGGGGAUUAUGACUGCGUUUUUAAAGGCUUAUUUGCUAGAUCUGGAAGGAGAUCUCAAGGCUAUAGUGGAUGAUCCUCAGUUUGCCCCAACUAAGCUUUACCCAGUUUCUUACCGUCUGGAAUGAGCAGCUUUCAGUUUACCCAAGAAGUGAUUCUGCCGUAUUUUUGAAGUUAUGGUCUCUGCAGGAAGAGGAAGCUAGAAUUUGUGCGUUAAAUUAUGCCUGAAUGCAUAUAUCUAAAAUUGUGGUAAAGCAUGCAUGUUGGAAGUCGAAAGCUUUUUCCCUGUUAUUAUUGUUAAUACUAAUUUUGUUAUUGUUUCUUCGCACUGUAAGUUUGAUUCUGUGUGUGCUUAUGCACGUUGGCGGUGCAAGAGUUUUUCCCCGUUAUUAUU